AUGUACUUGUUACUUAAUUCANGUCAAAUUGAAAAUGAUCUUAUUGAAAAAGAACAAAUAAAACAACGUGAAUCUAUUUUACGUAAAGAUUAUGAAAAAUUACAAUUAACACAUAAACAAGAUAGACAAGAUAUUGAUAAAUUCAAUAUACAAAUAAAUCAACAAAAACAAAAAUUAGAUCAAUUAGAACAAGAACGUUUACAAUUAUUAAAAACUAUUCAAAAUAUGGAUGAUAAUAAAGUACAAUUAGAAUUCGAACUAAAUUCAUAUAAAUCAGCAACAAAACGUUUAUAUACAUAUUUUAAAAUACCAUUUGAUUCAAUUCAAUCUAUUGAUCAAUUAAUACCAAUGUUAGAAGAUCGUUAUCGUUCAGAACAAAUUUCACAAGCUCGUAUUCAUCAUAUUCCACUAGUUAAAUCAACAUCGGAUGUUAAUCAUGAACAAGAAACAGAAGAAAUUCGUCAACUUCGAGAAGAUUUACAUUCAAUGAAUAUACAAUUAAAACAAUUAAAUCAUGCUAAUCAAGCUUGGCAACAAUAUCAACAAAAUCAAAUCAUAUUAUUAUGUGAUCGAUUUCAUUUAACUAAUAUUGAUAAUUUAUCUUUUGAUGAUAUUAUACAACAAAUUGAAAAUCGGUUUAAUAUUAUUAAUAAUCAACUUAUUGAAUUACAAAAUAUUAAAAAAAUAGAUGAUGGUUUUCAAAAACAUAUUGAUGAAACUCAAAUUGUUCAUACACAAGUUAUAACAGAUGAUAUUCAUCAAUCGAAAUAUACACAAACAGAAGAUAAUGAAGAAUAUCAACAUCUAGAAAAAGAUAAAUCAACAGAAAUUUCAAUUCAAAGUCCUACUCCUAAUAUCAAUCAAUAUGAAGAAGAACUUCGUGAACUUCGAGAAAAACUUGUUAAUUUAACUACGCAAUAUACCCAAUUAGAUGAAGCUAAUCGUACAUGGCAACAACAUCAUCAAAUUCAAUUUGAUAGUUUUAAAAAUAAACUUCAAGUUAAGUUACCUAUUGAAAAGGAUCUUUCAUUUGAUGACAUUGCACAACAUAUUACUACUUAUAUUGAUCAAAUACAAAAUGAACAUGAAAAACUAACGCAACAAUUACAGACAUCUGAAAAACUAAACAAUGACCUUCGUUCUGAAUUAGCUGAUAAUAAUAAAAUAAUACAAGAAACUUAUGCUAGUACAAUAAAUGAACUUAAUCAACAAAUACAUAUGCUCAAGCAACAAAAUGAUCAACUUGAAAUUGAAAGAAAAACAUCUAUAUCUGGUAAAGAUAUCUAUACAAUAAUUUACAUUAUUAAUAAAAGUUCUUCCAUAGCAUUAACAUCAAGAGAAUCACCGCUCCUCAGCAAGAAAACAUCUGUCUCGCCGGUUCAUGAAGCUAAAAUCCAUACUUUUACUCCAAUUCAAUCAGCACCUUCUCUUAUUGAUGAACAAGAACUUCAACAACUUCGAGAAAAUGUUACUUUUCUCACAACUCAAUGUGCACAACUUGAUGAAGCCAAUCGAGCUUGGCAACUAUAUCAACAAACACAACUACAAGAUUUUCGAUCGAAACUUAAUGAUUAUUUGUCUUUUGAUGAAAAUGCAUCAUUUGAUAUCAUUGGACAACAGAUUGUUGAACAAUUAUCGAAGGAAAGAGAAGAUUUCAAUGAACAAUAUCAAGCAAUAGAAAAAGAAAAUGAAAAUCUUCGUUCAGAAUCAAUAGGUAAUUUGGCAACAGUCGAAGAAACUUAUAAAAAUACACUAAAUGACUUGAACCAAAAAUUACUUGCUAUGGAAAAGCGAUGCGAGGAACUUGAUGCUGAAAAACAAGUUAUGUUAGAUGAACUCGAUAAGCGAUCUGUUGAAAUCGAUCAAGACCACAGUAAACCAACUAUUGAAAAAGUAUCAUCAAAUAUUUUAAGACAACCUCUUGAAGAGGUUCCUAUUCAUAUCAGUGGUUCUAAUCUUGAAGACGAAAGAAAAGAACUUGAACAACUUCGAGAAACAAACACUCUUCUCACAAGUCAAUGUGCACAACUAAAUAUGAAUGUUUCACAUUUGAUCAAGCNAAUGCUUCAAAAACGAACACACAAUAAAAAUAUUACAGAACCUCAAAUUCAUAGUCUAAAAUCAUCUCCAUCACCAUCUCCUCUCAUCAAUGAACAUGAACAAGAACUUGAACAACUUCGAGAAACCGUCACUCUUCUCACAAGUCAAUGUGCACAACUAAAUGUUGCAAAUCAAGCUUGGAUACAAUAUCAACAAACACAAUUGGAUACUUUCAAAAAUACACUUCUUGAUUGUUUACCAAUAGAUGAAUGUUUCACAUUUGAUCAAGCUGCACAACAAAUUCUUAAUCAAAUUACAAAAGAAAGAGAAGAAUUUACUAAACAAUAUGAAGCAUUAGAAAAACUUAAUAAUGAUCUUCAAUUAGAAUCAGCUACUAAUUUACAAACCAUCAAAGAAUCUUACAUCAAUACAAUAGAUGAAUUAAAUAAAGAAUUACUUAGUAUGAAGGAACAAUAUGAACAACCAGAUAAACUUGUAUCAUCUAAUUCAUUACAAAAAGCAUUUGAAGAGAUUCCAAUGAAAAGUAUUCAAAGUGUUGAUCAACAAGAAGCAGAAGAAAUUCAACAACUUCGUGAAAAUUUCAUUUCACUUACAGGUCAACUUGAUGAAACAAAACAAGCAUGGCAACAAUAUCAACAAACACAAGUUGAUAUUUUACGAAAUCAACUUCAAAAUUGUUUAUCACUUGAUUCAAAUAUUUCAUUUGAUGAAAUUGCUCAAGAAAUUGUUGAUCAAAUAACAAAAGAACGUGAAGAUUUCAAUGGAAAAUAUCAAGUAUUAGAAAAAGAAAAUGAUAAUCUUCGUUCAGAAUCAACAAAUAAUAUGGAAUCAAUACGAGAAUCUUAUGUAAAUACAGUAAAUGAAUUAAAUCAAGAAUUACUUAUAAUGAAAAAACAAUGUGAACAAUUUGAUGCUGAAAAUCAACUUUUGACUAAUGAACUCGAAAAACAAUCCGUUGAGAUCGAUCGAGACCAGCCUAAACAAACUAUUGAAAAAGUAUCAGUAGAUAUUUUAAGACAACCAUUUGAACAGGUUCGUAUUCAUACCAAUGGUAUGAAUGUUGAAGAAGAAGGAAACGAACUUGUACAACUUCGCGAAAAUAUUACUUUUCUCACAACUCAAUGUGCACAACUUGAUGAAGCAAAUCGAGCUUGGCAACUAUAUCAAGAAGCACAACUUCAAAAUUUCAGAUCUAAACUGAAUGAUUAUUUGUCUUUUGAUGAAAAUGCAUCAUUUGAUAUCAUUGCACAACAGAUUGUUGAACAAAUAUCGAAGGAAAGAGAAGAUUUCAAUGAACAAUAUCAAGCAAUAGAAAAAGAAAAUGAUAAUCUUCGUUCAGAAUCAAUAGGUAAUUUGGAAACAGUCGAAGAAACUUAUAAAAAUACACUAAAUGACUUGAACCAAAAAUUACUUGCUAUGGAAAAACGAUGUGAGGAACUUGAUGCUGAAAAACAAGUUCUGUCAUAUGAACUCGAUAAGCGAUCUGUUGAAAUCGAUCAAGACCACAGUAAACCAACUAUUGAAAAAGUAUCAUCAAAUAUUUUAAGACAACCAUUUGAAGAGGUUCCUAUUCAUAUCGGUGAUGUUAAUCUAGAAGAAGAAAGAAAAGAACUUGAACAACUUCGAGAAACCAUCAUUCUUCUCACAAAUCAAUGUGCACAACUUGAUGAAGCAAAUCGAGCUUGGCAACUAUAUCAUCAAACGCAACUACAGGAUUUCCGAUCGAAAAUUCAUGGUUAUUUGUCUGUUGAUGAAAAUGCAUCCUUUGACAUCGUUGCACAACAAAUCAUUCAAAAAUUAUCUAAAGAACAAGAAGAUUUGAAUGAAAGUUCUCAAACAAUAGAAAAAAUUGAUAAUGAACCUCAUCUAGAAUCAACAAAUGACAUGGAAUCGAUGCGAGAAAGUUAUAUGAAUACAAUAAAUGAAUUAAAUCAAGAAUUACUUGCCAUGAGAAAACAAUGUGAAGAUCUUGAUGCUGAAAAACAAUUUUUAAUUAAUGAACUUGAAAAAGGAUCUGUUCAAGUUAACCAAGAGCAAGUUGAGCGAAACAUUGGUAUAUUUUUGCUCUGUAUUACAGCACGGAAAAUAAUUUACUUUGUACUCUGUUUAGAAAAAGUCUCAUUAAAUACAAUGAAAGAGCCAUUUGCAGAGGUUCCUAUUCAUAUGAGUGGCUCGAGUCUUGCAGAAGAAGGAAAUGAACUUGAACAACUUCGAGAAGCUGUUGCUUUUCUUACAAAUCAAUGUACUCAACUUGAUGCAGCAAAUCAAGCAUGGCAACAAUAUCAACAAGCACAACUUCAUAUUUUCAUAUCGAAACUUCAUGAUUAUUUGCCUAUUGAUGAAAAUACAUCCUUUGAUGAAAUUGCACAGGAAAUUGUUGAUCAAAUUAUUAAAGAACGAGAAGAUUUCAAUAUAAAAUACGAAGCAUUAGAAAAAGAACUUAAUGCUUUUCGAUCAGAAUCAAAUAUAAAUAUUGAAUCGGUGCAACCAUCUGAUGUAUAUAAUGUCAGUAAAUUGAAUGAAGAACUACUUGCAAUAAAAGAAGCAUAUGAAAAACUUGAUGCCGAGAAACAACUUUUGGUUGUUCAACUUGAAAGUUUAUCAACUCAUGCAGAGCCGAAACAAACUAUUGAAAAAGUAUCAUCGAAUGUAUUGAGAGAACCAUUUGAAAAGGUUCCUAUUCAUAAAACUGGUAUAACUGUUCAAGAAGAUGUAGAAGAACUUGAACAACUUCGAGAUACUGUUGUUCUUCUAACAAAUCAAUGUGCUCAACUUGAUGAAGCAAAUCGUACAUGGCAACAAACACAAUUAGAUAAUAUCCGAAAUAAACUUCAUGAUUACAUUCCUAUAGAUGAAAAUAUUUCAUUUGAUAACAUGACAAAAGAAAUUAUUGAACAAAUCAUAAAAGAUCGUGAAAGUUUUAAUAAAAAAUAUUUCGAUUUAGAAAAAGUUAAUCAUAAUCUUCGAUCAGAAUUAACUAUGAAUAUUCAAUCAAUUGAACAAUCUUCUACAGAUAAUAUUGAUGAAUUAAAUCAAGAAAUAUUGAUUUUAAAAAGUCAAAAUGAAGAACUUGAAAAGAUUAAUCAACAACUUCUUCUUGAAAAAGAAAAUUUAAUUAAUCCAUUAAAUGAUCGAUCAAUUGUUUUAGGUCAUCAUUCUGCAUUAGAGUCAAAUAUAAUUCAAGAAGAAAUUUCAGAGGAUUUAGAAGAAAAUCCUGAACUUGAAUCAUCAUCAUCAAUUCCUAUUGAAACUGAAGAAAUUAAUAAAAUUCGAUCUGAUCUAGCAUUGAUUACUUGUCAAUUUAAUCAAUUGACACAAACAAAUCAAAAUGAACUUGAUUCAUUUCGUUUGAAAUUACGAAAUUGGAUUUCUCUUUCACCAAAUUCAACACUUGAUGACAUUGCUCAACAAUUAAGUAGUCAAUUUGAACAAAAAUAUAAUAUUCAAACAAAUGAAAAUCAUACUCAAACAAUUGAGGCAUCAGAAAAAAUUCAUAUUUCUACUGAAACAAUAUCAAUAAUAUAUGAUAAUCGCCAAACACAAAUUGAUCCUAUCGAUAUGAUCAAUCAAGAAAUUCAAACUGAAUCAUUUCAACAACUUUGGUCUAUCUCUAAUGAUGACAAUGUGUUUCCUACAAAUGAAGAAGAUAAUCAAUUACUAGACUAUAUUGAUGAAAUAUGUUCUCUAUCAUCAAAUGAUCUUUCAACACGUCUUAAUAAAGAAUGUCAACAAAUUUUAUCGAAAAAAAACUUAUUACUAAAUUCAUACGAAAAUUUACAAUUAAAUCAUUUAGCAUUAAUUACAAUUUAUUUACUGUAUAAUCAACAUUUAACCGAUGAUGCUAAACAAUUAUAUAAUGAUACAUUAAUACGUGCAUUAAAACAAGAAUAUGAAUUAAUAAAUAAUGAAAAAAAUGAUUAUAUUGAACAAUUUAAUUGUCUUAAAGAAAAAUAUUUAAAUGAUUUAAAUAUGAAUGAAAAAAAUUUUCAUAAUUUACAAAAUCAAUAUGAUGAAUUACUUGAACAUAAUGAACUUGAACGUUUAGAUUCUAAAAAAUCUUUAAACGAUUUCAUUGAACAAUAUGAUUUACGUGAAAAACAAUUUGAAUUUAAAUUAUAUAAUUUACAUCAUGAAAAUGAAAAUUUAAAAUUUAAUUUAAAUACUUUACAAGAUAAUUAUGAAAAAUUAGUAGAAAAAAAUUAUGAACAAUUAGAAAUGGAAUAUAAACAAUUAAGACAAGAUUUUAAUGAACUUAUUAAUGAAAAUGAAUUAUUAAAAGAUUAUAAUUCACAAAUGUAUCAAACAAAAUUACAAGAAAAUAAUGAUUCUGAUGAAAUAAAAUUAUCACAUGAUAUUGAUAUUCAAUGUAAUAUAUCUGAAGAAUUAUCUUGGAAUAAUAAUUGGAAUGAUCCAAGUAUACAACAAGAUUUAUCUAAUCAAGAAGAAAAAUUAACAAAAUUAUCUAAUGAAGAUGAAAUAAAUCGAUUAAAAAGUAUUAUAUCAGAAAUUGAACUUGAAAACGAUAAUUUAAAAGAUUUAAAUUCACAAUUAUAUCAAACUAAAUGGCGAACUAUAGAUUCAAUUACUGAUCAAUCAAUAAUACAAACUCAUGAUAUUAAUAUUCAAUGUGAACUUCAAUCUAUUACUAGCGAUCGUUAUGUACAAACUGAAAUUGAAAAUGAACAAUAUCGAACAAUUUCAACUACUUCAGAAAAUAACGAUUGGAAUAAUCAAAUAUCAUCUUUAGAUAUUCCAUCGGAUGGAACUUCAUCUCAAAUGACGAAACAUAUUAUUCAAGAAACUAUUGAUAAUGAAACACAAACAGAUGAACAAUCACAAGAUAAACUUGUACAAAUUAAUAAUAAAUUAAAACGUGCACUUCAAACAAUUAAAGAUAAAAUACAUCAAGCAAUUAUUGAACGACCUGAUUUAUUUCCUGAUACAAAUGAUGAUACUCUCGAACGUCUUGAUCAUUUAAUUUCUACAAUUAAAAAUCAAGCAAUACAAAUUGAUACGUUACAAAAUGAACAUGAAUAUAUGUUAAAUAAACUUCAUCAAGCAGAAAUUCAACCAGUUAUUCCUAUGGACAGAGACAGUGAACAACAACAUAUUUAUUUAAAUGAAUAUGAAAAUCAAAUAAAAUCACUCAAACAUGAACGUGACAUUCUUCUUGAACAAAUUAAACAAUUAGAAAAAAAUCUUCAAUCAAAUACUGAUACAAAAUCAUUCAAUCAAAUAAUUUCAAAUGAUGAUUCAACGCAAACUGAUUUCAAACAAGAAGAACAACGCAUAGAAAAGACAAACAUUGAUGAAAAUGAAGAAUCAAAUAUAACUAAUCGUUUAGUUGAUUUUAUUUCAAAUGUUACGUCAUCACCUUCUCAAAUAAAAGAAAUUGUUCAUAAUGAGACACAAACUGAUGAACAACUACAAGAUAAAACUUUACAAAUUAAUAAUAAACUUAAACGUGCACUUCAAACUAUUAAAGAUAGAAUACAUCAAAUAGUUAUUGAACAACCUGAUUUAUUUUCUCAUAUAAAUGAUGAUACUAUCGAACGUCUUGAUCAUCUAAUUUCUACUAUUAGAAAUCAAUUUACACAAAUUCAUAAUCUACAAAAUAGUUAUGAUCAAGCUCAAUAUGAAAUAAAUCAACUUCAAAGUUCAUUACAAGCAUGUCAAUAUCAGAUUGAUAAUGAACAUGACAUCAAAAUAGAAAAAUCUGUUUCUACAACUCCAUCCGUCAAUAAUAUAAGUCAAUCAGUAAUCGAAGAUUAUAAAAAACAAAUUCAUCAACUUCAACAAAAGCUUUCACAAAAUGAUGAUGAACGAACUUUACUUCGUGAACGUCUUAAUGAAGUUGAACUUGAAUUUCGAAAAACAUUAGAUGAUCGUACAACAACAACAAAUAUGUAUGAAGAACAAUUACAAUCACUUAUACAAGAACGAGAUGCACUUGUUCAACAACAUGUACUUGAACUUAUUGAAAAUAUAAAAUCAUUACAUGAAAUAAUUGAACAACAAUCAGAACAAUUGAAAUCUCUUAGUGAAAAAUAUGCUGCUAUUACAUCAUCUCAACUUGAAUUACAAGCUGAAUAUGAUAGACAAAGAAAAGAAACUGAAGAACAAAUAAAAAAAUAUGAAAAUCAAAUUGAAAAUCUUAAUCGUGAACGUACAAAUCUUUUAGAAGAACUACAAAAAACUACUUCAUCACCAUUUCAGGCAAUUGACCAUGAAAAACAAAAAGAUGAUCAACAAUAUGAUAAACUACUUAAAGUUAAUACAAAACUUAAACGUGUACUACAAACAUUUAAAGAUAAAAUUCAUCGAAUAGCAACCGAAAAAUCUAAUCUUUUUAUUAAUGUUAGUGAAGAAACAAGUGAACGUCUUGAUCAUUUGAUUGUCAUAGUAGAAAAUCAAGUAACACAAAUCGAAACAUUACAAGCUGAACGUAAUAGAAUUGAAGAACGAUUUCAACAUGAAAUUAAUGAAUUACAAAAUUCAUUCGAUCUUUAUCGACAACAAAUCGAUAAUGAAUAUCAAAUAAAAUUAAAUGAAUAUAUUUCAUCUACACCAUUAAUGUCUCAAAAACUUGAAACUGAAUUAAUCGAACAUCAAAAAGAAAUUCAACCAUUACAAACAUCAAAUGAUAAUCAAUGGAAUGAUUGGCUUAUAAAUUCACCUUCAAUAACUGAUAGCAAAAAACAAUAUCGAGAUAUUCGACAUAUUGAUAUUCAAUGUGAUUUACUCGUUGAUAGUUCUCGAUCUAGAACUAAAUCAUCUGAUUCAAUAGAUCAUCAACAAUCUACUGUUACAAAUCGUUUAUUUGGCUUUUUUAAAAAUGUAACAUCACCAUGGUCUGAACAAACAACAAAUGAUUGGGAUGAACAAAAUUCACCUAUUCAAUUUCCAUCUGAAGAAUCAUUAGCUGAACAUAUUAUUUCAUCUUCAUCAUCGGAUAAAAACUUAUUAGACAUGAUUAAAACUAAACUUGAAGAAAUUAUUUCCGAAUAUCCAGAUCUUUUUCCGAAUUCAUAUCAUGAUACAAUUGAAGUAUUUGAUCAAUUAACUUCUAUUAUUAGAAAUUUUCAAAAUCAAAUAAAAGAUUUACAAAGUUUAUCAAUUGGUGAAGAAUAUCAAAAAGAAAUUGAUGAAUUAAAAGAAAAACUUCAUGAAAAUAACAUAAUUUAUCAAAGAGAACUUCAAUGUUUAAUUAAAGAACGAGAUCAAACUAGAGAACAAUUACAAGAGAAAGAACAUUAUCCAUUGAAAUUAUUCAAUAGUAUAGAAUCACAAACUUCUUUUGAUAUCGAUAGUAGUCUUACUGAAUCUCGAUUAAGUGAAUGUCAAUGUCAAUUGGAUGUUUUACUUCGUGAACGUAUUUCUUUAAUGGAACAAAUUAAACAAUUAGCUCAUCAACCAAUAAAACAACAAGUUGAAAUUCAAACUGAAAAUGAUACUGAAUCACCAACACGUUCUGAACAACGGAUAUCACGUCGUGUAUUUGAACAAGAAAUUUUAGCAUGGUCAAAAGAAAGUGAACAAUUAAAACAAUAUGUUAAACAAAUUCAAGUUGAAAAUAAAAAACUUAAAGAUAUAAUACUUAAAUUAGAAUCUAUGAUACAUGAUUAUAUGCAUGAAAAUGAUCGACUUAAACAAGAAAAUCAGCAUCUUUCAUUUUUAUCUUAUACAUCACAACAAACAAAUGAUAAUGAAGAAAAUUUUUCUUCAUCAUCCGAUAUAGACAUUUGUUAUUUAACAUUAAAAUGUUUAACAUAUGAAGUAGCACAACGUACAUCAAAUACAAAUGAACAAUCAUUAUUAAUUAUGGAUAAUAAUGAACCAUAUCUUAAACAACGAUUAAAUGAUACCGAACGACAACUUAAAAGUAUUCGUAUACAAAAUCAACGAUUAAAAAAACAACUUGAAACAUAUACAAUACAAUUUAAACAUAUUCAACAUGAAAUGAAUAUUAAAAUUCAAGAAUUAUCGACACUUAGAAUUGAAACUGAUAGAUUACGUACAAGUGAAACUCAAUAUCGUUUGGAAGUUGAUCGUCUUAAAGCAGAUCUUCAAUGUAAUCAAGUAAAAUUUCAACAAUUUGAACGUGAAGUAACUGAUUUAAAACUUGAACGAAUGAAUACUGAUAGUAGUUCAACUAAUAAUCUUCGUGAAUUACUUGAAUUAAAAGAACGUGAAUUAAAAGCAUUAAAAGAAAAAUUAGAUUAUACAAUACAAGCACAUCAACUUGAAUUACAAGAAGCAAUUAAAUCCAAUCAGUUUUCACUUGAUAAUGUUCAACGUUUUGAACAAUUAGAUCAACGUCAUCAAGAAAAACGAAAAGAAUUAGAAAUACGACUUGGAAAAAUAUGUAAAACUAUUAAACCAUUAAUUGAUAAUCAACAUUUAUUUAAAGACAAUUCAAUAAUUGACAUUGAUGAAUUACAAGAAUUAAUUACAGAUAAUGAAGCUGAAGAAAGAGUUACAACUUCCCUUGGUCCAAUUCGUGAUUGUUUGGGUCUUUUGGAAAGUCAAAUGAAAGAAUUACAUCAUAAUCUUAUCGAAAAUCAUGCAAGUCGUUCCAAACGAUGGAAAUAUAAAGUAGGAUUUGAAUGUUUAUCAUGUGACAGUCAAUGGGAAGUAACUCACGAUGUACAAGAUUUACAAGAAGCAUGUCAAGAUCCACAUACGUUUCUUGAAUCAACCCGUGUUGAUCCAAUGACAGCAUGUUCAUGUCCAAUAAUCAUUGAUUUUAUUGAAAAUGACGUUCGUUUAUGUAUAGAUGAUUUAUUAGAUGAAGUUAUUGUAAGAACAACAGUGAAAUAA